AUGACUCAAGGGAAGAAAAAGAAGCGGGCUGUGAACCAAAGUAUCAUGCUGGCCAAGAAAAUUAUCAUUAAGGACAGCGGCACGCCUCAAGGAAUAGGUUCGCCUAGUGUGUAUCAUGUGGUUAUAGUUAUCCUCUUGGAGUUUUUUGCUUGGGGAUUAUUGACAGCACCUACCUUAGUGGUAUUACAUGAAACCUUCCCUAAACAUACAUUUCUAAUGAAUGGCCUCAUUCAAGGAGUAAAGGGAUUGUUGUCAUUCCUCAGUGCCCCUCUUAUUGGUGCUCUUUCUGAUGUUUGGGGUCGAAAAUCCUUCUUGCUGCUAACAGUAUUUUUCACUUGUGCACCAAUCCCAUUAAUGAAGAUCAGCCCCUGGUGGUACUUUGCUGUUAUCUCUGUUUCUGGUGUUUUUACUGUGACUUUCUCAGUGGUAUUUGCAUAUGUAGCAGAUAUAACUCAAGAAUAUGAAAGAAACAUGGCUUAUGGACUGGUUUCAGAAACUUUUGCUGCAAGUUUAGUAACCAGCCCUGCCAUUGGUGCCUACCUUGGACGAGCAUAUGGGGACAGCUUAGUAGUAGUCCUUGCCACAGCUAUAGCUUUGCUAGACAUCUGUUUUAUUCUUGUUGCUGUGCCAGAAUCAUUACCAGAAAAGAUGAGACCAGCAUCUUGGGGAGCACCCAUUUCCUGGGAACAGGCUGAUCCCUUUGCAUCUUUAAAGAAAGUGGGUCAAGAUUCUGUAGUGCUGCUAAUUUGCAUAACAGUGUUUCUCUCUUACCUACCAGAGGCAGGCCAAUAUUCCAGCUUCUUUCCAUACCUCAGACAGAUAAUGAGAUUUUCACCAGAAAAUGUUGCAGCAUUUAUAGCUGUUCUUGGCAUUCUUUCCAUUAUUGCACAGACCAUAGUAUUGAGUUUACUUUUGAGGUCAAUUGGAAACAAGAACACCAUCUUACUGGGUCUAGGAUUUCAAAUAUUGCAGCUGGCAUGGUAUGGCUUCAGCUCAGAGCCUUGGAUGAUGUGGGCUGCUGGAGCUAUAGCAGCCAUGUCCAGUAUUACAUUCCCAGCUGUCAGUGCACUUGUUUCACGAACUGCUGAUGCUGAUCAACAGGGUGUCGUUCAAGGAAUGAUUAUAGGAAUUCGAGGAUUGUGCAAUGGUUUGGGACCAGCUCUUUAUGGAUUUAUAUUCUACAUAUUCCACGUGGAACUGAAUGAACUACAAAUAACAGAAACAAAUUUAGGAACAAACCAAGGACCUCAACACCAUACCCAAGAGAAUUCCAUCAUUCCUGGCCCUCCAUUUCUCUUUGGAGCCUGCUCUGUUCUCCUAGCUCUACUUGUUGCCUUGUUUAUUCCAGAACAUACCAAUUUAAAUGUAAGAGCUGGCAGUUGGAAAAAACAUUGUGGUGGUCAUAGCCAUCCUCAUAGUCCACAGGCUCCUGGGGAGGCCAAAGAACCAUUGCUCCAGGAUACAAAU